UGAAAUGCAAGCCGCGAAAUUGGUAGGAGUGGUGCAUAUUUAUAUAGAACUAUACACUAAAAAAUAAGUAAAUAAAUAAAGAAAUUGAAAGAAUUAAUCUUCAGACGAUCACUGAGAGUCACUGCUCUUCCAUGGCGGCUCUUCUGAGUCCAUCUCUCUCUCUUCCUCCUCUCAACAACAAGGUGAAUCCUGUUAGUGUCAGCACAAUAGCUGCAAAUACACUGCCAACCAAAAAUUUCCAGCCCGUUGUCAGAAACGGUAGAAUCAACAGGUAUCAUUGGCUGACAAAAGCUAAGAUGUCUGCAGAAGCAGAUGUACUUGCACAAGAUUCUGUUAAUGUUGAAUCCAUCGAUGCAAAUGAUUAUGGAAUCGUUAGCAUGCACCAUGUGGGAAUACUAUGUGAAAACCUCGAAAGGUCACUUGAUUUUUACCAAAAUGUGCUUGGUCUGAAGAUAAAUGAGGCAAGGCCAGAUGAUAAGCUCCCCUAUAGGGGUGCUUGGCUAUGGGUGGGCUCUGAGAUGAUUCAUCUCAUGGAGCUUCCAAAUCCUGAUCCCUUGACUGGUCGGCCUCAACAUGGGGGCCGAGAUCGUCAUACAUGUGUUGCGAUUCAGGAUGUGUCUAGGUUGAAAGCGAUCCUUGAUAAAGCUGGAAUUCCCUACUUCCUAUUCUCUAUCUACUUAAGCCGCUCUGGGAGGCCAGCCAUCUUCUUCCGAGAUCCAGAUGCUAAUGCAUUAGAAUUUGCUGAAUUUGAUAUCUGAUGUGCUUAACAUUUCUAGCAUAGACAUAUCAAUAUGCGUUUGUAUUUCUCAAGACAUCAACUAAAAAAAUAUAAAUAAAUAAAUAAAAUAACAAUCUAGUGCACGAGACCUUGCCAUUGCAAAGUUUGAGAAAAGUCAGAUGUACGCAAUCUUAUCCUACAAUAUAUAAUGUACAUAUAAUUGUCAAAAUUGUCAAAUGUAAAGGAUCAUGGGUUUUUGAAUCCACUGAAGCCAUUGUUGCAAUUUGCAAUAGAGAAACAUGUAAUGGGAGAGUUUGAUGGGUUGGGUGUGCCGGGUUUGUUUAGUCAUAUUGCCUCAAGCAGCUUUGAAAUUGCCUAAUUUGCUACUAUGUAAUGUAAUUAUGAUUAAAGGCAUUAUUACCUUGUCCAGAA